AUGCUCCGUCCCUCUUCGUUAAACAGUCUUCUAGGUCAAGCAUUCCAACGAUUGCAUGGAGACAUUCGUUUUUUGUCAAAUGAAAAUUUGAAAGACCUAUUGUCAAAGAUGCUUUGCGUAAACCCGCGAAGACCAACUGCGGCACAGCUCUUGAAGCAUCCAUAUCUGGAAAAGGCGAAGGCAAGGAGCGUUCUUGAUGAGAAAGAAGAACAUGACGAAUACGCCUUGAAGCGGCUUUCGCGAAGAAUU